AUGAAGGAUUUUGGACUUGAGAGAGCAAAGUUAUAUGGAUGGCAAGAUACAUAUUCAUUUACAAAGGCAAUUGGUGAAAUGAUGAUAAAUAAUAUGAGAGAUGAAAUUCCAAUACUUAUUAUUCGACCCUCUGGAAUAACAAGUAGCUAUAAAGAACCUUUUCCUGGAUGGAUACAAGGAUUCAGGAUAGUCGACCCAUUAGUCUUUUUCUAUCGAAAGGGUGACCUCCCUGGCCUUCUUGCUGAUCCUAAUUGUCUUGUUGAUUUGGUUCCAGUUGAUAUGGUUGUAAAUACAACAAUGGCUGCUAUGGCAAAACAUGGAAAUUUGCAAAAUCCACAACUAAAUGUCUAUCAUGUGGCAUCAUCAUCUAUAAAUCCUGUCUCAUUUUCUCAAAUUUUUGACUAUUCCUAUGAUUUUUUCCAAUUAUUUCCUUUUGUUAAUUCAAAAGGAGAUAAAUAUGAGGUUAAAAAAAUGAGAUUUUUUGACAAAAUAUCAGAUUUUGAAAACUAUAUUUGGGAGGUAUUAUCCAAGCAGCAUGAAGUACAAGAUGGAAAAGAGCUAACAAAGAUUCAAAUACGUUUAAUUAAAAAGAAAGUGGAAUAUUUGAAGAAUUUCAGCAAACUUUAUGAACCCUACUUGUUCUACAAAGGCUGGUUUGACAAUGGCAAUGUACGAAAGCUAAUGGGAGACAUGUCUGAAGAAGAAAAAAGAAGCUUUGAAAUUGAUGUGACAAAAAUUAAUUGGAAAAAUUAUAUUGAAAAUACCCAUAUUCCUGGUGUACAAAAAUAUGUACUAGAAGGAAAAAGGGUAAAUUAAUUCUUAAUAUUGGAACAAUUAAUUAAGAGUAUUAUUUUGUGCUUUGUGUAACAUUUAAUUAUUCAAGAUUAUAUUUCAUUUAUGAUUGUAAUAUU